AUGCUCCGACAGCUGGGCACAUUCAGGGUCCAUGCGAACCCUCGCCUACACAUCCUGCCAGCCGCCAUAAUACUCUUGUUGGUCUUUAUCCUGUUGCCGAACAGAUACUCGAGCAAUGUCCGACUAGGACAACUAUUUGGAGUUUCAGCAGUCCUACCGAGACAGGCUGCAGCGAAUGCGACCCUCGGGUUCCAAAAGUUGAUAGCACUCUCAUCCAAACCCAGCUGGAGAACUCGUGGCCUCCAAGCGGCCGCCAACCUCACGGGACUGGAUUUCAUCAUCCCGCCACAACCGCACAACCCUGAAGAAUUCGUCGUUGCGUUCGAGGACAUCGGCCUCGGCCAGACGACAACACCCAAGCAUGGCUCCGCCUCGGCGUGGGUCGCACAUCUCGACCUCCUCAAAUUUGUGAUCGCAUCUGGCUUCGAGACCACGUUUAUCGUCGAAGAUGAUGUCGACUGGGAUGUGCGCAUCAAAGACCAGAUCAAACUGAUCUCUGACAACGUCCGAAACUAUACUUCCGUGCCCGAGUCCGAUCCUAACCCCUACGGCACGGACUGGGACGUCCUCUGGCUGGGCCAUUGCGGCAGCGCCAUUGACGACUGGAUUCCCCCUGGCGUGAUUUACGCCGACGACACGCGCAUCCCUAUCGAAUUAUACGCGUCGUGGUCGACGGGGUUUUUGCAAGAGCGACUGCCCCAAGGGCAUCGCAUCAUUCACGCCUCAACCAUGACGGUGUGCAGCUUCGGAUACGGCGUGACGAGGGCCUCGGCACAGAAGAUCCUCACUCUCCUCGGGCGUGGCGCAGACGAAGCUUUCGACGUUGCAUUGUCGCACCAGUGCCGCGAGAGGGCAUUGCGAUGUCUGGUCGUCAACCCGCAGAUCAUGCACCACUACGAGCCGUCAAAGGAUCUCGGGUAUGUGAGCCCCGUCGAUUCCGGCGACGGAGAGGGCGAGCCGGCCGACGAGACCAACUUCGAGUUCAUCAAGGGCAAGACACUCAACAUUGUAAAGAGCGCCCGGUGUCAAGCCUUGUUCAACGAUACUUGCGUCUAA